AUGGCCCACCCAGUGACUGCCUUUUCCCGUCUUCUGGGGCUGGCUGAUGAGCUCUUGAUACAAAUAAUUUACCAUCUCGAUGAUCCUCGCAGCCUCUGUAACCUCGCAGCCACAUGUUCGCGGCUCCAAGGCCUUGCAGAAGCUGCCUUGUAUAACACGAUUCUCAUCCGUAAAGGAUAUCGAGCUCUCGAUAUCUUAGCCUCGAUCCUUGGAAGGCUGGAACGCGCACUUCUCAUUCGCAAGCUCCAUGUCCGAUAUUUGUACGAUAAUUCGGCAGGUAUCGAGACGUUGAACAUAACACUGCAGCACCUAACCCAGCUGAAGGAAUUACUGAUUGAGGCACCCUGCUGUAACGAUACGCAUGCCAUAAGAGCGGACUUUGAGAGCGAGGGGAAGAUAAACUACGCGGCGUAUUUCGACUUUGCUUCCUCGAUGACGCUAGGGCCGCAGCCAAGAGUUCAAGUCCCUCUGGAAACUUUUACACUUCACAGUCACAAUAAACAAGGUUCUAAUCGAGAAGUGUUUGACCUGGGGAAGAAUUCCAUCAUCUUUCGUCAUCCCACACUUCAGAACUUGAAGAUAUCCUGCUUUGACGUUGGCGACAAUGUUGAGGUACAUCUCUCAGCAUCCCAGAAUUCAACAGUUCUCAAAAGCCUCACAUUCGACGAGUGUAAUAUCACUGUAAUGGGGCUAGCAGCCAUCCUCUCUGUUCCUAAGGGUCUCGAAAGGUUGAUACUUGGUGAGAGAAUGUACCAUGUAACAAGCAACCACGAACCACUUGGACGAUUCCCAGCGGAGUUCUUGAAGGCUCUAGCAAUUCAAGAACGCUCUUUGCAGUAUUUGAAGCACGUUGGUGGACGCUACAGUGUCUCGCAUGCUUCAGCCAAUCUUUCUAUGACCAACUUCUCUAGUCUGCGAGAGAUGGAGCUUGAGUCACAGUCGAUCCUAACUCGCAUUCUCAGCGACACGGCACCACCAUGGAUGCCAACAAUGCCUCCUGACCUCUCACUUCGUAUUACCUUCCGUUCUUGGCAACUCUACCUCGAAGAUGAUGACGAUAUAUGGUUCGAGCCUCUGUCUGCCAUCAUUGAAUGGCUGGGAAGGGUCUCUUACCUUGACUUCAUUGUUGAUUUUGGGGAGCGAAACGACAUGGAGACGAUCGUACCACAAUUAUGGAAAGGGAAGCAUGGUCGGAAGCAGAUGAAGCAGAUUUUGAGUCUGCUAGGCCAUGGUCAGAAGCAAAAAUCGACACAGGGGCGGCGUCUGAGAAUCUUCAAUCUGAAGUGGUCUGGUUUCAUUCCUCCAUAUAUGUAUGGAGAGCAAGAACCCAGAGAGGAGUUAGCAUUCGAUUCUGCUCUUUACCAGCCGGAACGAGCAGGAAGUCUGGAGGAAGGCGAGCUGUCGGAUGAGCUUUCAGAUGAGUUGGCUGAAGAUUUGUGA